AUGUUUUCCCUCCUGCUUGCUCUUUCUCUGCUGGCGUGGGAGGCGGCGGCCGGCCUGACAGACAGAGCAGCUCCAGCUGCGUUGGGGGAUUUCACAGCUCUUUUCCAGUUGACCCAGCAAGACCCCUGGGAAAACGACGUUAAUCUUACCAGCAUGUCCUGUGAGGAUCUGAGGAACAAGACAUGGACCCACUUGCAACUGAACAACAACAGCCUGCAAGCCUUCCCUGCCUGCCUGCCUGGGGGACUGGAGGCCUUAGACCUCAGCACCAACCAGUUGUCUGCGCUGAGUGGCGUGGAGAUAGCGAACUUCCCAAAGCUGCGCACCCUCUGCUUGAGGCACAACCACAUCCAAGAAGUUGCGUGGGGAACCGGAGCCCUCAGUAGCCUCCAGUUCCUGGACCUAAGUGCUAAUAAAUUGUCCUCUCUGCCAUCAUGCCAGACGGCCCACCUGCCAAACCUGAAGUGGCUGUCGCUGGCCGGAAACCCCAUCACUGAACUCCAGCCUCUGGCUUUCUCCUGUUAUCCACAGCUACAGUUCCUGAACUUGUCUGCCACUCUGCUAGGGCAUGAGAAUGGCGGAGGGAUUAGCGCGUCAGCCUUUGCCAUGAGCGUGUUGCAGGGAGACACCGAGAACAGAGCUAGGAGCACCAUUGAUGUGCUUGACCUGAGUGGGACCUUUCUCGAGAAAAUUCAGCAGGAGUGGGCCCAGGACUUGGUCAGCCUUAGGUCGCUCCACCUUGCAAGGAUGGCCCAGCUGAGGAGCUUCGACACGGAUCUAUUCAAGUCACUGCCCAGGCUGAGAGAACUGAAUUGCCAGGACUCCCGUGCGCUGAGCGGGGUGAGGACGGAGCUAUUUGACGAUGCUCCUCACCUGACCUUUCUCACCUUCCAGAACUGUAACCUGAGUUCCUUUAAUCCUUGGAAUAUCAACUCAUCAGGUAGCAUCAGCAUCAACUUGUAUGGGAAUCCUUUAGAGUGCAACUGUGGACUUUCCUGGCUCCUUUCUGAUCCGGAGAGAGUUGUACUGCAAAGGGCAUCCGACACAAUUUGCAACACAUCCUCAGAAGACAGAGAGAAGCCUUCAUCCUCAUCGUCUCUUUCGCUGUUACAACUCUAUGAUGAAUGCCAGGCCAAGAGAAACACCACGUUCCCCACAUCAAACACUCCCCCUCUCACAGAAGACUCUUCCAACCUUCCCAUUAUUGAUUCCACUACUGCGGCAGCAACAAUGGACUCUACUCUAUUUGCCGAAGAACAUUACAGCGACUCCUUGGUGUCACGGAACAUGGUAAGUAUGACGCAAACAGCUCAGAUGAAGAACGAUCCCACAAGUGCGGACGUUUUUUCCAAAUCUACUACCGAUCCCACUACUGAAGGAACCACAGCCACCUCUUCAACAAUUCUGGGAGAGCUUUAUAGCGACUCCUUAACUCAGCAAAGCACUGCGAGUACAAUCAAAACAGAUCCAUUGAAGAGAAAUGCUACAAUGACUACUGCUCUGUUUCCCCAAGAGGAAACAUUCUACCAGUCUACUAAUAACCCUUCCACUGAAGCGACAGGACCAAUAGGGACAAACUCUCCUCUUUUUCCUGGCACAGUAAGUCCAUCUCAGAAAGAUCAACGGCCGCAAAACCCCACAAAGGCAAACCCUAUUCCAAAUCCUACCCAUGCUGUAAUACACGUGGAUUAUGAAGAUGACUAUUACGAUGAUCAACCAAAGGAAAGCAUAACUCAACCGAUAAUAGUCUCUUGUGACUACAACCCCUGCCACCACCUCCAGAAGCCAUGCUCUGAACUUCAGAGGUUGUCCCCAUGUCUGUGUCCUGGUACGUCUGGAGAAGACACUGUUCCAGAUCCACCGAGGCUCAGAGAAGUGUCUGAAAUGACAGACACAUCAGCACAGAUCCACUGGUGUGCCCCCAGUUCAGUCGUUCAUACUUACCAGCUUGCAUACCAUGCCAAAGGCAGCGAGAAGAGCCAGAUCCUGGUUGAUGAGAUCUAUCCCACAGCGAGGCAGCAUACACUAUACAAACUUUCACCAGACACCACCUAUUGGGUGUGCGUGAUUGCUUCUAACAAAGCAGGAUUGAGCCAGACGACGAGUGAGAAGAUUUUGGGCAAUCCAUGCACCCAGUUUACAACAAAGCCCAGCUAUAUAUCCAUCAUUGUGGUCUUGUCCCUAGCAAGUGGGGUCUUCCUAAUCACCACCAUGGUAUUGUCUGUGUGUCUGUAUCAGAAAUGUAAAAAGCCUCACGCUGAGCAAUACGGCACACACCUCAUCUCUUAUAAAAACCCAGCAUUUGAUUACCCCUUAAAACUGCAGCCAUGUAAUUAG